UACGUAAAUUUGACAAAAGCUGGAUCCCUUCUAGCCAUUACCAUGUUUUUAUUUGAUCUAUCCAAGUGACGUACGUCAUGACGCCGCGUCUCUUUGUUGGUUCAUCUAGCGGCGACAUUUGUUGUUAUUUUCGUUACAACUGAAAAAUACAAGACCGACCGGACCGUUUUUUUUGUUUUGAUCCAUUCCACGACAAGCAGGCUGCCCCAUUUCCAAGCACCUACGUCGGCUUGUGACAUCUCGAUAUCGACCUAGCAAUGGACUCAGACGAGGGCUAUAACUAUGACUUCGACGAGGACGAGGAAUGCAGCGAAGACAGCGGCGCGGAGGAGCCGGGGGACGACACCCUGGAGCUAGGCGAGGACGAGGUGGAACUGGUCGAUCCCGCAGAGGCUGGAGGGGAGCGGGACGAGGGUUUGGAGACCGGGGGAAGUGGUCAUGGGCCCGGGCAAGAGGAAGAGGACUACCGCUUCGAAGUGCUGACUGCCGAGCAGAUCCUCCAGCAUAUGGUGGAGUGUAUCAGGGAGGUCAACGAGGUCAUCCAGAAUCCUGCAACUAUUACCAGAAUACUUCUGAGUCACUUCAACUGGGACAGAGAGAAGCUCAUGGAGAGGUAUUUCGAUGGGAACGUGGAUAAGCUGUUCUCAGAGUGCCAUGUCAUCAACCCCUGUAAGAAGUCCAGGACGCGACUGAUGAGCACCAGAUCGUCGGCUCAGGACCUGCCAUGUCAGAUCUGCUAUCUGAACUACCCAAACUCAUAUUUCACUGGCCUGGAGUGUGGACACAAGUUCUGCAUGCAGUGCUGGGGAGAUUACCUGACGACCAAAAUCAUGGAGGAGGGGAUGGGACAGACCAUCUCCUGUCCUGCCCAUAGUUGUGAUAUCUUAGUGGAUGACAACACAGUCAUGCGCCUGAUAACCGACUCCAAAGUGAAGCUCAAGUACCAACAUUUAAUUACCAAUAGUUUUGUAGAGUGUAAUAGACUGUUGAAGUGGUGUCCUGCACCAGACUGCCAUCACGUUGUCAAAGUCCACUACCCCGACGCCAAGCCUGUCAGGUGCAAGUGUGGUCGACAGUUCUGCUUCAACUGUGGGGAGAACUGGCACGAUCCUGUCAAGUGUAAGUGGCUGAGAAAGUGGAUUAAAAAGUGUGACGAUGACAGUGAAACAUCCAACUGGAUCGCAGCUAAUACCAAGGAGUGUCCAAAGUGUCAUGUGACCAUUGAGAAGGACGGCGGCUGCAACCACAUGGUGUGUCGGAACCAGAGCUGUAAAGCAGAGUUCUGUUGGGUCUGUCUUGGGCCCUGGGAGCCACACGGCUCUGCAUGGUACAACUGCAAUCGCUACAAUGAAGAUGACGCCAAGGCAGCCAGAGACGCACAGGAGCGCUCCAGAGCGAUGUUGCAGAGGUACCUGUUCUACUGCAACCGCUACAUGAACCACAUGCAGUCGCUGCGCUUCGAGCACAAGCUGUACGCCGGGGUGAAGGCCAAGAUGGAGGAGAUGCAGCAGCACAACAUGUCCUGGAUCGAGGUGCAGUUCCUGAAGAAGGCCGUGGACGUGCUGUGUCAGUGUCGCUCCACACUCAUGUUCACCUACGUCUUCGCCUUCUACCUCAAGAAGAACAACCAGUCCAUCAUCUUUGAGAACAACCAGGCAGAUCUGGAGAACUGCACAGAGACGUUGUCAGGAUACCUGGAGAGGGACAUCUCCCAGGAUUCCUUGCAGGAUAUCAAGCAAAAAGUACAAGAUAAAUACAGGUACUGUGAGAGCCGGCGGAGGGUGCUGUUACAACACGUUCAUGAAGGCUAUGAAAAGGACCAAUGGGAGUACAUAGAGGAUUGAGAAGGACCAAUGGGAGUAUAUAGAGGUUUGAGAAGGACCAAUGGGAGUACUUUGGCCCCUCUCCCUCACGGACCAUCUCUAGAGAGAAUAUAUUUUCUUAGUCCAUGAGGAGAGGGCAAUCUCUAGAGAGGAUAUCUGUUCUUUGGCCCCUCUCCUCAUGGACAAUCUCUAGAGAGAAUAUCUGUGUUCUGUAAGUGUUCCUCUCUACUAUCUAUACCCUCUCCACAGCAACAUGGACUAUCUCUAGUUUAGAGAAUAUCUCUGUUCUGUACGUCGCUCUCUCCACAGCAACAUGGACUAUCUCUAGUUUAGAGAAUAUCUCUGUUCUGUACGUCGCUCUCUCCACAGCAACAUGGACUAUCUCUAGUCUAGAGAAUAUGUCUGCGACCAGAGCACUGGUGAAGCAGUUGGAACAGGGCAGCAGGUCCUCUGGGACACACCUCCUGGGGGGACACCACCCACUUGCAUCCUCCUCCUUCCCUCCCUGGUUGAAUGGAAACUUUCAAAGUAAAUCCUCAAUUAAAAGGGGUAGAAUAUUUAAAAAGUAUUGUUAACAACAGUGUGGCGCGUGAGAAGACUGACCAUUCAAGAGAGCAUGGAUUUGUGGUCCCCAGCCCAUCCCUUCUGGCCUGUGUUACUGAACUGCAGCAGACUUCAUUAGAAGAGGCAUAGAGCACGUAGAAAUCAGCUUAAGUGGCCAUGUUUCCAAACCAAUCCUUUUUGCCCCAGACUGUUUGAGCUGUUUGCCGAAUUAGGACUCGUUCUCGACCCAAAAUGCUUAUGUGUUGAAACAAUUAUUAAGAAAGCAUAAUUAAAAUGAUCUGUUCUAUUUUAAUAAAUGUAAACAUAAUUUCAUUACCGGGAGUAGAGUGUGAGUCAGUAGAAUAGAACUAACUCUCAACUGAAAGUGUUAUAUAAAUUACUUAAAUAUACAACAGGAGAGUCUCUGUGUGUAUUUGCACUGUAGGAUUCAAAAUUCUGAUAACUUGCCCCAAAUUCAAAGGUUUUCCAGAAAUCCUGGUUAGAAGAUUCCCAGGAUCAGUAGGGAAUGAACAGGAAUCUGGAAUAAACAGGAAUCUGGAAUAAACAGGAAUCUGGAAUAAACAGGAAUCUGGAAUAAACAGGAAUCUGGUAGCCUCCAACCAGGAUUUCUUGAACUCUGGAAUUUCGCAACCUUAAUUUGCAGUGUGUUCUGUCAGCCAUGUCUGAGAGUUAUAAAGCCCCGUUCACACUGCAGGCCUUAACGCUCAAAUCAGUUUUCUUUUCAAGUCCGUUUUUAGAAUACUGACUGUUCAAACGGCAAGUUCCAACUGACCAAAUCAGAUUUGUGUGUUCAGACAGCAGUCAUUUGCUGACGUGGUCACGCUAGUUGUCAUAGUAACGACGGGUGUGUGUGCACAG